AUGGGUAUUCCGGCGAGAAGAAGCGGAGGCGGAGGAGUGGUGGGGAUCGAUAUGCUGAGCGAGAGAGCGGCGCAGAUGAGAGAGGCUCUGGUGAAGAGCCAGUCCAUCACUGACAAUAUGGUCUCCAUUUUAGGCUCCUUUGACCACCGCCUCUCAGCUCUUGAAACCGCCAUGCGCCCAACACAAAUUAGAACUCAUGCUAUUCGGAAAGCUCAUGAAAACAUUGAUAAAACGUUAAAGGCAGCAGAAGUCAUAUUGUCGCAGUUUGAUCUUUCUCGCCAGGCUGAGGCAAAAAUACUUAAAGGGCCUCAUGAGGACCUGGAGAGUUAUCUUCAAGCAAUUGAUCAACUGAGGAACAAUAUUAAAUUUUUUAGCAACAACAAAAGCUUCAAGAGCAGUGAUGGAAUUCUCAACCACACAAAUCACCUACUUGCGAAGGCUAUUUCAAAGCUGGAAGAGGAGUUUACGCAACUGUUAUCAUUAUACAGUAAACCUGUUGAACCUGAACGACUCUUUGAGUGCCUCCCCAAUUCUUUGCGGCCAUCAGGAUCACCUGAACAUUCCGCUGGGAAGAUUCCAUCAUCAAAUCAUUCUGACAAUCAAAAUAGUACCUCAGAUAACUCCGUAUAUAUUACACCUACUCUUAUCCCACCUCGCAUUUUGCCUUUGCUGCAUGAUUUAGUACAACAAAUGGUUCAAGCUGGCGAUCAUCAGCAAUUACAAAGGGUAUACAGGGAUAUCCGCUCUCAAGUUUUAGAAGAAAGCCUCCGGAAAUUGGGAGUAGAAAAGCUCAGCAAAGAUGAUGUCCAAAAGAUGCAAUGGGAAGUUUUAGAAGCUAAAAUUGGGAAUUGGAUCCAUUUUAUGCGAAUAGCUGUCAAGUUGCUCUUUGCUGGAGAACGUAGAGUUUGUGAUCAAAUUUUUGAAGGAUUUGAUAAUCUCAUGAAUCAAUGCUUUGCCGAAGUUACUACUGGAAGUGUUGCAGUUCUGCUUAGCUUUGGGGAUGCAAUUGCCAAAAGCAAGCGAUCCCCUGAAAAGUUAUUCGUACUUUUAGAUAUGUAUGAAAUCAUGAGGGAACUUCACUCAGAGAUAGAAGCACUUUUUAGAGGUAAAGCUUGCAGCGAAAUCAGGGAAUCUGCCUUGGGAUUGACAAAAAGGCUUGCUCAAACCGCACAAGAGACUUUUGGCGACUUUGAAGAAGCAGUUGAAAAGGAUGCUACUAAAACUGCAGUAGCAGAUGGAACUGUUCAUCCCCUGACAAGCUAUGUGAUAAACUAUGUCAAAUUCUUGUUUGACUACCAAUCAACACUGAAGCAACUUUUCCAAGAAUUCGAAACAGGAGAUGAUUCGAAUUCUCAGCUAGCAGCUGUGACAAUGCGAAUCAUGCAGGCUCUUCAGACCAAUUUGGAUGGGAAAUCCAAGCAGUAUAGGGAUACCUCUUUGACUCACUUGUUUCUUAUGAACAACAUUCAUUACAUGGUCAGAUCUGUGCGCAGGUCUGAAGCAAAAGACCUUCUAGGGGACGAUUGGGUUCAGAGACAUAGGAGAGUUGUCCAGCAACAUGCAAACCAGUAUAAGAGAAUUGCUUGGGCAAAGAUACUACAGUGUCUCUCUGUACAAGGCCUGACAUCAUCAGGAGGUGGUAGUUCGGUUGGUGCUGAUGGAGGAAACAGUAGCGGAGUUUCCAGAGCAAUUAUAAAAGACAGAUUAAAGACAUUUAAUGUCCAAUUUGAAGAGCUUCAUCAGAAACAGUCCCAGUGGACAGUCCCGGACACUGAGCUUCGAGAAUCUCUAAGGCUGGCUGUUGCUGAGGUCUUGCUUCCGGCAUACCGAUCUUUUAUCAAACGGUUUGGACCUUUGGUUGAGAACGGUAAGAACCCCCAGAAGUACAUUCGGUACACGCCCGAGGAUCUUGAACAUAUGCUUGGUGAAUUUUUCGAGGGAAAGACUCUGAAUGAGCCAAAGCGUUAA